AUGGGUAAAAAGGCUAUUCAGUUCGGCGGUGGUAACAUCGGUCGUGGCUUUGUGGCCGAAUUCCUCCACGAGGCUGGCUAUGAGGUCGUGUUCGUUGAUGUGGUCGACAACACCGUCAAUGCUCUCCAGAACGCAGAGUCAUACGAAGUCACUGAAGUUAGCGACGAGGGUGAGAAAACCAAGACCAUCACCAACUUCCGCGCCAUCAACUCCAAGACCCACGAGAGCGAUGUUAUUCAAGAGAUCGCCACUGCCGAUGUCGUCACCUGUGCCGUCGGCCCCAACAUCCUCAAGUUCAUUGCCCCGGUGAUUGCCAAGGGUAUUGAUGCCCGCACCAUGGAGAAGCCCGUGGCUAUCAUUGCUUGCGAGAACGCCAUCGGUGCUACCGACACACUCCAUGGCUUCAUCAAGCAGCAUACCGCUGAAGAUCGUGUUGAGACCUUGUACAACCGUGCUCAAUUCGCCAACUCGGCCAUUGACCGCAUUGUCCCCAACCAGUCUCCCAACGCCGGUCUCGACGUCCGCAUCGAGAAGUUUUAUGAAUGGGUUGUCGAGAAGACUCCUUUUGGCGACGUUGGCCACCCAGAUAUCCCUGCCAUCCACUGGGUCGACCACCUCGAGCCCUACAUCGAACGCAAGCUCUUCACCGUCAAUACUGGCCAUGCCACCACAGCUUACUUUGGUCACCUCCGCGGCAAGCGCAUGAUUGCGGAGGCAUUGGCUGACCCGGAGAUCAAGGCGAUGGUGCACAAGGUUCUUGACGAGACUGCCUCGCUCAUCACAGAUAAGCACGAGAUCUCGGACGAAGAGCAGCAGGAGUACGUCAACAAGAUCAUCACUCGUAUCUCCAACCCCUACUUGGAGGACAACGUUGAUCGUGUGGGACGCGCUCCUCUGCGCAAGCUCUCUCGCAAGGAACGUUUCAUCGGCCCGGCAGCCCAGCUCGCUGAGCGCGGGCAGAAGUACGAUGCCCUGAUGGAUGCAGUCGAGAUGGCUCUGCGCUUCCAGAACGUGCCUGGUGACCAGGAGAGUGCCGAGCUUGCACAGAUCCUCAAGGAACAGUCCCCUGAGUCGGCUACUAGCCACCUGACCAGCCUGGACGAGAGUCACCCUCUGUACCCUGCGGUGCUGGAGCGGGUGCGCAAGGUGCAGGGCAUCAAGAAUUGA